UUUGAUAUGCGUAACACAAUUUUUAUCGAAUAAUAUAAAAAUUUUAUAAAUUGCUAUUUUAGCCAUUUAAAUAAAUUUCAUAAGUUCAUGGUUACCCAGGGUGUGGUUAUCAUAUAAAUAGUGAACAAAUUUGGCAAAUUAGUACUGUGAACUUGAACAGCAAAAUAACAACAUGUUCGUAAAACUGGCCGUCCUUGCAUGCUCUUUGGCUGUAGCCAUCGCUGCUUACAAUGGACCUCAAGCAGGGGGACAACCUGCCGCCCAAUUCCCAGCAGGAAUCGACCCAGCCUCCUGCCCAAACUUCCCGGUAUGUGACAACCCCCUUGUAGCCAUCAGCCAAGGCCCACACGCUCGUGCCUACCAGCAAGCUCAACCCCAAUACCAACAGCAACCCCAACAAUACCAAGCCCCUCAACAAUACCAACAACAACCUGCCCAACAAUACCAACAACAACCCGCAGCCCCACAAUACCAACAAUUCGCUCCAGCUCAACAAUAUCAAGCUAGACAACCCCAACCUCAACCUCAACAAUCCCUCCCCAUCUCCCAAUACAACCCCGUGUUGGCGUCUCAAUACCAACCCGCCCAAUCUCAGCAGUACACCCCUGAAGUCCAGAACGCUUUGGACCAAGGCAAGUACAUUGGUGAUGGUGAUUACCACGGUGAGGGUCUCGCUGAAGCUCUAGCCCCAGGCUACCAAAGACAAGCCGCCGCUCCGCAAUACCAACCUCAAUACCAAAGACAAGCCGCUGCCCCUCAAUACCAACAACCAGCUCAGCAGUACGCUCAACAACCUCAAUAUCCAGUCGCCCGCGCUUACAGUCCAGCUCCAGCUCCAGCAGGCCAUGCUCAGCCAGCGCAGAUCCCAGCCGGAGUUGAUCCCAACGCUUGUCCAAACUACCCCUACUGUCACUAGAUGUUCCUACGUUAGCAACGAUUUGCUAGACUGCCAGCUGACGACAUGUCAAUUUUGUUAUUUUUAUCGUUUUUUGUAGAUGAUGGUAUUGCUGUAAUAUAUUUUUAGUUUUGUAAUUUUGUACAAAAUAAAUUAAAAAAUAUUUA